AUGGAUUCGCAAGGGUUGACAGAGAAGAGUCUUCGGGUUUCUUCUAUAGAGCCAAUCGUAGCCCUUGAUGGUGUUCUGGCUGUCCUGGACAAUAAUGUAGAGGUAUCCACUAUCCAUGCUUCAUCUCAAAAAAUUGCCCACAACACACAUCCUUUGGAGAGUGGAAGACAUAGAACUCCUGGAAAUCAAGAGAGAAGAACAGUUUUUGGACAAGGAUCGAAAAAGAUCGUUGCCAAUAGUGAAAGCAGGACCAUGCCACAACAACAAAAUGCAAUCAAGCAGCCACACAAGAAAUCGCAGUUGCAUCACAGCCAAUCAAGCCACUCAAGCAACCCUGGUGGAACCAAAUCCCGGAAUUUCUCCGCAAGGGUCUUGCCAAAUGCUGUGCAUUCCUCGCACCGGAAUCAUCAGCUGAGCUCAGGGAGUCAUCUACAUCAGCAACGGUUCCAUCAUAGCUUUAGUGGGCAAGAUCAACGUCAACAAAAUGUAGUCCUGCAUCAUUUAAAUCAUGAAGCUGAAUUGGAAAUGGACGCUUCUUCUAAGUUCAAUGAUAGAAAUAAUACACUUCAUGAAAGCACACAUGUCAUGCCGACACAAAUUCAUCAGAAUACUCACAAUAGUCACUCGAAUCACCUGUCUUCUCAAACUGCCCAUCUCGAUUCGCUAGUUUCCCGUCCCAACCUGCGACCCAUACAAAGCACACAUCAAGCAAGUAACGACACAGAAGCAGGAUACUCUUCACUGAGCUCGGUAUCAUAUCUCUCUCUUCGUGAAAAUCAACUCAAACAAUCUGAAACUAUUCGCAAGCUUGAAAAUGAAGUUGACACACUUACUCAGGAUAUUUCCUACUUCAGGCACGUCAUAGAUUAUCAAGGUCUGAAAAUCGACAAGUUGACCCAGCUCAUCAUUGAUUUGCUCCAUAACAAAGAAGUUCCAUCUGUGGUACAACUGCUUCAAAAUAUACACGCUGCCGAUCCUUUCACUGUGUCUGAGGGUGACGAAACUGUCGAUUCUAUUGCCAAUCUGGUGCAAGAGAAUAUAGCCUCCGAAAAUGACAACGUCCAUGAAGUAACUCAUAGUCUGAUUCAUGACGUAGAAAGCUCCAUGGCGUCAAUUCCAUCUUUGACUUCUUCGUCUAUAGUAGACGUUCCAGACUCAGUCGUUCUGCUUGAGGGAAACAUAGAAACCCUGCUUCAUCAAGUGGCACAGGCGGCAGUCAGAGCUCAGUCAGAUCCGAAUCGAGAGGUGAGUCUCGCCUCAAAGUCUUCGUUUAGAACAGGCUCUGCCUCAGAGAUAAGCCACGCAAAUAAUCCACGACAGAAAGUUCUGAGUCAACAGGAUCUACUGAGCCAGGAAAAUCAUCAAGUACACCACUUGCUUCAAAGCCAUCAACAUAUGGAAUUAUCUCCUAAUGCGAAACCGUCUUCCACUGGGCUCUCGGCCUUACACCCUCCCCGCAUUAGAAAGUCUACUACUUCGCAGACCCAAGAUGUUGCUCACGUCGAUCGACGCAAGAUUGUUGGACUGUUUGAACAUCUGAAACGUAAAGAUUCUAUGUCUGUUGUAUCUUUGGCCAGGCUCGAAGUUGAAAAUAUAGAGAAUAUGGCUCGGAGAAAGAAACCCAAACUUAAUAUUGACUUCCUUCACAACCCUAUGACUGUCAAGGAAAUAUAUACCGAGUUCACCAAAGGCUUUCGGGGUCAGCCUCCCCUCAGGGAACUCGAUGAUAGAUUCGGCAAGCAAGAAUGGAGAGGUGAUUCUCGUACAAAAGAGUCUAAAAGAUUUCAACGUAGAAGAAAAUUGUGUGAGGCGAUAGAAAGAGGAAUGGCGAAAUAUGAUAAAUCAGCCGAGGAAAUCAUUCAGUAUAUGGAGGAAUUCCGUAAUCAUCGGUCUCUUACUUGGAUGAUGAACGGAAAUCUUCCCAAGGAUCUCCUAGAAGAUUGA